AUGCACCCUCUAUAUCUGCCACUCGCCGGCGCAUCCCUAAUCACCCUCGCAGCCGCCCAAAGCACAGUAUCUCUGGCCAUCACCGCCAAACCCACCGCCGGUGUGUCCAAGGUCAUCAGUCCUUCGUUCGCGGGCUUUGGUAUCGAGUCCUCCAACCUCUACUCGUUCACAGGAGGAAGUUCAGAAAACCAGCUCACCCGAAAUCUGUUGGCGAAUCUGGCAAACUACACCGGCACUCCGCCGCAUUUGCGCAUCGGAGGGAACACGCAAGACUACUUCAUCUACGACCAGUCUCAGAAUGACUAUAUCUGCGAGCACAACCCUAACCCCGUCGGCCAGGGAAAUUAUCCUUCCGACAUGCUCAUUAUCGGACCCCGGUACUUCGAGGUCAUCAACCGGUUUCCCAGCAAUACCCCCAUCACCUUCGGCCUAAACCUGGCGUACGAGGAGUCGGACUAUAUCGACCGGAUAACAACCAUGGCCUCAGAAGCUAUCAAAGGAUUGAACAAUGUCAACUUGGUGUCUUUUGAAAUUGGCAAUGAGCCUGAUCUGUACCUCCAGAAUGGUUUUCGAACCGGUAACUGGGGUGGCCAAGUCUAUACCCAGCAGUGGUUGGACCGAGCAAGUGCCGUCUGGGAACAAGUACUCCGGCCGAACAAUCUUCCCAGUAGCUUCUUUGAGCCGGGUACCACUGCCUCGACCAUUGGCACUUCCUUUAUGAUUGAGGACCUGGACCAAUUUGGCAUCACUGUCCAAGCCAAUAACUCCGACAAGCCUUACGUCGCCAGCUGGAAUCAGCACGACUAUUACUACUAUAUUGGCGUCUCGACCUAUCCACUGACACAGUACGACUUCAUGACGCUUUCCACCACCAAUGAUCAGUUUGCCGCCUGGGUCUCUCAGAUACAGCAAGCCUUUGACACAGACUACCCAUAUGCCCUGCGUGAAAUGGGUGUUGUCGGGCCCAUUGGAAUGGACGGCAUCACAAACACUUUCGGAGCGUCUCUAUGGACGUUGAAUUUCCUUCUGUAUGCAGCCACCCUCAAUAUCUCUUCGGUUCAGCUGCACAUGACCGACAAUAGUAACGCUAGUGCCUGGCAACCGGUUGAGUUUUACGGGAACCAGCCGUUUGUGCGACCUAAUUACUAUGGUGCGGCUGCUUUUGAUCUUGCCAUCGGACCCGGUUGCCAGGCUCAGGUUGGCGGCUUCAUCUUUCAUGAUGCACCGGCGGUGUAUGCAGGUCGGAUUGCUGCAUAUUCAAUUUACCAGGACAGCAGCCUGGCGACGAUUGUUCUGAUCAAUUCCAACCCGGCCAACGUCUCAUCAACCGAUAAGCCGACCUUGACCUUUGAGCUGUCGCUGCCAACUGAGUUUGCUGGCCAAGACCUUUACCUCUCUUAUCUAACCAACGCCGGCGCUGACGCGAAGCACGGUACUACGUUUGCUGGCGUCAGCUACGAAGAGAAUGGUGACGGUACGGCUUCUCGGGUCAAUGAUACCAUCCCGAAAGUCACUAUUGGAGACGAUGGCAGUGUUUCAGUACCCGUUCGCGAUACACAGGCGGUGGUAGCCAAUAUUGGAGCAGCACUGGCUCAAAGGAGUUCGAAUGCGAGCGCUUGCGCUGCCCUUGCGUCCAGUUCUCCAGAUGCUAGUCCUGUCACAAGUGCGGUGGGAACCAGCACUGCUUUUAGCACAUCAUCAUCAUCUACUCAUACUAAUGCCGCAUCUCGCACCGGCAGCACCGCACGAGCAAGCAAUACUAAUGGCGUGAGCGGACUCUCUACAAUGAUUUUAGGUAUCAUUGCAUCGGCAUUUUUGAGCGGGUUUUAUUUGCUCUUGAUAUGA